CGCACCAUGGGCAGCCAGGGCUCCAAAGCGGCCCGCGGCGACGGCAGCGCCCAGCCCGCCGAGCCCGCCAAGGCCAACGGGCAGGAGAACGGCCACGUGCGGCUCAAUGGGGACAUGACGCCCAAGGCGGCCGUCGAGGCUGCGCCCCCGAACGGCAACGGCGCCGCAGAGCCCCCCGUGCAGGAAAGCACGGGCGGGGGGGGCGGGGGGGACGCCAUCGAGCCCGCGCCCGCCGGCACCAGCGCCGAGGAGGCCAAGGCGGACGGCGCUGCGGCCCCCAAGGACGCCAAGAAGAAGAAGAAGUUCUCGUUCAAGAAGUCCUUCAAGCUGAGCGGCAUCUCGUUCAGGAAGAACAAGAGAGAAGCCGGGGACUCGUCCGCGUCCUCCCCUGGCGAGGAGCCAGACCAGGCGGGCGCCCAGGGCGAGGAGAGCCCCGCGGAGCCCGCGGCCCCCCGGGCAGAGGGGAGCGCGGAGGAGAAGGGCGUGAGCGGCGGCGCUGCCGCUGGGCAGCAGGAAGCCGAGGGGCAGGAGGCCGGAGACGGGGAUGCCGCGGAGGAGCAGGAGCAACAGCAGCAGCCCGCGGGGGACGCGGCCAAGGCCGAGGAGCCCUCGAACCCGGGGGCAGCGGAGCCGGCAGCGGCCAAGCAGCAGCAGGAGGAGUAGAAGCCGCUUGGGCUGCUCCUAACUCCAGACUCUUGAGCCAUCCUCUCCAUCCUAGUAAGGCCCCAGCCUCGCCGCCUUGCCCACCCACCUUAUGUCUUCAGCAUAGACCUGACAAGCACGCUCUAAAACUGCCCCUCCUGAGUUAUUUUGUCCCUUCUCCCCUUAGAAAAUGGAUCUGGAUUCCACCACCGCCACCACUUGGGGUAAUUUUACCUGAAUCCUUUAAAACUGUGGAGGAAGACUAUCCUGGACAUAACUGGAAUUUACAGUUUCUAAGAACCCAGAUUUUUACAUCGUGCUCUGGUAUCUCUGCUGGCAUCAGGACUGUGCCCCGCGUGGUCAAGCAGCCCUUGAAGCCCAGCACAAGCCAGUGACUGUUCAGUGGAUUCCUUUUCUCAGUUCACAUUCCUGGUUCUGACUUCAUUUAAAGUAUUUUGUGCUUUUUAUAGAAACCAAUGGUUUAAAAGCUAAUCUGGUUAGGUUUUUUAUAAUGUCUUACUAUUGGCUUAAACCCAUAAAGCUUGUAAGUCCGCUGUGUUUAAUUC